GCGAAGGUCAGCUUCCAAUAUGGCUGUUUGCACAGGGAGGCUUGACAAAGUUACCUGUCCAAUAAGGUUGUUAUGGAAUAUACAACAUCAAAAUGAACGGUUCUUGUCCACAUCUAUGUGUCGCCUCGCGCUGGGGAGUGACGAUGGCACGCCAACAAAAUUCACCCCUCCACCAAAACCUGUCAUCAUUGACAAAACACAGUCCGAGGCUUCACUGCGAAAGUUCCUGAGCCCAGAAUUCAUCCCUCCCCGACAGAGAAUAAAUCCUCUGAAGUUCUCCAUCGAGCGCAAAGACAUGAUCCAGAGGAGGAAAGUGUUUAACAUUCCAGAGUUUUAUGUUGGAAGUGUCUUAGCUGUGACCAUGGCGGACCCUCACGCCAGCGGCAAAACCAACUGCUUUGUGGGCAUCUGCAUCCAGAGAGGUGGCCACGGACUGGGAGCCACGUUUGUCCUGAGGAAUAUCAUUGACGGCCAAGGAGUGGAGAUCUGCUAUGAGCUGUACAGCCCGCGGCUGCAGCAGCUGGAGGUCCUGAAGCUGGAAAAGAGGCUGGACAACAACCUGAUGUACCUGAGAGACGCCCUGCCCGAGUACAGCACCGUGGACCUGGACAUGAAGCCCGUACCCCACUCGGUCACCGGGGACGUGCCCGUCAACAAAACCAGAGUGCGUAUGCGUCCCAAGCCUUGGUCCAAGCGCUGGGAGCGGCCCAAGUACGACGUGAAGGGCAUCCGCUUCGACCUGUGCCUGUCACCUGAGAAGCUAGAGCACGCCCAGAAGUGGGCGGAACCCUGGCGGGAGUACGACAUGCUGAAGGAGUACGACACCACAGGCCUGGAGGAACGCAUCCUCAAGGAAGUGCAGACGGAGAUGAGCAAGUGAACGUGCCCCAAACCCCUCACCCCGACCCUCUCUCUCAACCAGGGUUGUGCAGCUCCGGUAGGCGGUGGGCAGCUCCGGCAGCAGUGUCUGCUGGUUUUCUUUCAAAUCAGUGCAUGACAUGGAGUCAGGGAAGUGAUAUAUACUUUAUUCACUCCAUGAGCAAUUAGUAACAUGAACGGAUCAAUGAAGUGCCAGAGAAAGAGAAGACACUGCUGCAGCUAAGGGUUAGGGAGCAGCUAACCCUGCCAAGCCCUCACAACACUUCAUGGCACUGGGUCUUCCAACUGUCUCCAUGUACAUGAUGUCUGGUCAGAGGUAGAGAGCAACAUUGAGGAGUCUGGAUCUGCCAAGGACAUUGGUGGAACAUGCAUAGCUGUGGUUACCUGCUUACUUCAUCGUGUCUUGUAUUGUAUGUCUAGAAGAGUGUUUGUGUUGCAUUUCUUAAUUAAAAAGCUAUUCAACAUUU